AUGGAUUACUAUGUGGCUCAACAUCAUUCAGUUGCUUUUGACGGGAUGCUACUUCUAAUACCAAAGAGUAUAAUGGAUCCUUCACACAAUUGGAUGAUCAUGGUUAUUUUCAAGCAGAUGGAUCUCAUAUGUAGUGUAUCGGUUGAUCACAUCAGGGAUGCAAUCAGACAAUGGAUCACUAGUCUAUUAUUUACCUGCUAUAAUCCAUAUGCUUCUGGGGCAGUGGUUGGGGUAGAUGGGCAAAGUGUUGGUCAACAAGCAUAUUUUUCUUCACCUGGAUACCUUCCACAUCCUGUUUUCUAUGGAUCAGAAGCCAUGCCUUGCUAUUCAUGGGAUUCAGCAUAUUUUAGUGAUGUCUCAAAUGGCAAUACUGGUUCUCAAAAUGGAAAAUAUGGAUCAGCUUCUACUUUUGCCAAGUGCAGUGGUUUUAACUCUAUGAAGUCUAAUGACAAUACUGCUGGCAAAUCCUCUAAGUCUACAAAUACACAAGCAAUCAGACCUUUAAACAAGGUGUCUGCAUUGGGUUCUGAUUUCUCAGCAGGUCUCUCGAAAGGAUACCAUCCUGUAGGAAAUUUGCCUCCUUUUUCUAUCCAAAAACAUGGUCCAUUCCCGCAUAAUUGUCUUAUGAACUAUAGACAGAACGGAAGGAUAUGGAAUGGAAAUGAUAGAAAUAAAUCUGGAGACAGAUUCUAUAAAAACAGUGAUUUUGAAACCUCAAAUGAACUAACUUCUGGUCCUAGGGGCUCUAACAAAUUUCCUUCUCUGGAGACUGCUGUCAAGGAAGACUUGGGAAUCACUGUACAAAGAGAUCAGUAUAACAAACCAGAUUUUGAAACUAAGUACGCAGAUGCUCAGUUCUAUGUUAUCAAAUCUUACAAUGAAGAUGACAUUCAUAAGAGCAUUAAAUAUGAUGUAUGGGCAAGCACUCCAAAUGGCAAUAAGAAGUUAGAUGCAGCAUUCCGUGAAGCAGAACAGAGAUCUUGA